GUUACAAUCGGGUGAGAGGUUGAAUGUGUUCGAAUGUGGCCAAAUUUGGGAAUUUGAUCAAGUCUAUAAAAUUUGUUGUGAAGUAAAAGUUACCUUACACAUUUUACUGACGUAAAAUUGAUGUGUCCUGUAUGUUCUACUGCAAAAGGGGCGAUGUUUAUAAAAGCGACAGUACGUUACUAAAUAAGGUUAAAUUUGUUCAAUUGAACUUAAUUGGUGGUCCGUAUUGAAGUGAAGGAACAUCGCACACCCCGCACAUUACCAUAUUAGUGAUGCGAGAGGGUACAUAAGAGACCUUUUUGUGGUCAGGGUCGUUCACUAUCUCAGUAUAUAUUCGGAAGCGUUCGGAAGUGACAACGCAGUAGUUGUGAUAUAGGUGCUACGUGACUGGGGAACCUGGGGAAGAUAGCAUCACGGCUAUUUUAAUAUUACGUGUGUAUUGAUUCCGCUCUGAAGCACACCGGGUAUCGCCUGGUAUACACUAAAAGGUCUGCUGACCUCAGGAGAUGGCGCAGAUUACCAGGAGCUGGCUGUCAUCACUGAAGAGAAUCAGUCAACAAAACGGAUCUGUCCAGAAGACAUGUGCAUUGAGAGCAUCAUCUGCCUUCAUAGCAGGGGAGCCUGAAGGUCCAACUGUGAAGACGGAUGUCCCAGGACCAAAAUCAAAACAGCUUCUGAAUGAGCUGAGUGUCAUUCAGCAAGCAGGAUCAGUACAACUAUUUGCAGACUAUGAGCGUUCACUGGGUAACUACCUUGUGGAUGUAGAUGGGAAUGUUCUGCUCGAUGUAUACACACAAAUAUCUUCCAUGCCUUUGGGAUACAACCAUCCGGACCUGCUACAGUUGCUUAAUGAUCCAUAUAAUGUGAAAACAAUAGUGAAUCGUCCAGCUUUGGGUGUGUUUCCGGGUGCUGACUGGCCUAAGAAACUGAAGAAUAUUCUGCUGCAGGUUGCCCCUCCUGAGUUGAACCAUGUGACGACAAUGAUGUGUGGUUCCUGCUCUAAUGAAAAUGCCUACAAAAGUAUAUUCAUUUGGUAUCAACAGAAACAGCGAGGUAGCUCCACUGACUUCUCACGGGAGGAGAUUGAGUCAUGCGUGGUGAAUCAGCCCCCUGGCUCCCCAUCGCUAUCACUCAUGUCAUUCUAUGGAGCAUUCCAUGGCCGGACCUUGGGUGCCCUGUCAACAACACAUUCAAAAUAUAUCCACAAGAUCGAUAUUCCAGCCUUUGACUGGCCUGUUGCAUCAUUUCCACAAUACCGCUACCCUCUGGAAGAGAACCGGCGUGAGAAUGAUGCUGAAGACAAGCGGUGCUUGGCUGAGGUGGAAGAUCUGUUUGCCCAGUUCAGCAAGAAAGGCAAGCCAGUUGCUGGAAUUGUUGUGGAGCCCAUCCAGGCUGAAGGGGGCGACAACGAAGCAUCACCACAUUUCUUCCAGGAGCUUCAGCGCAUUGCUAAGCAGGACAUGCCUUUGCAGAAGACGAACAAUCAGUUACCAGACCUCAUCAAUUCCUGUUGCCUCAGGCCACUGCAGCCUUACAGAGUGUUCAACACGUGGAUGGGUGACCCAUCGAAGCUUCUGCUGCUGCAAGGUGUGCUGGAGGUGGUGCGUAGGGAUUCACUGCUUGCUGUGGUACAAAAGAGUGGAGAAAAGUUACUGACAGGACUUCGUAGCUUUGAACAGGAAUUUCCUCACUUGCUACAUUCUGCACGAGGCCGUGGAACUUUCCUUUCAGUCACCUGCUCUUCAGCCAGACUGCGAGAUGAUCUUAUAGCUAGGCUUAAGAAAAAAGGUGUGCAGACUGGGGGAUGUGGAGAACUUUCAAUCAGGUUGCGGCCUGCACUGAUCUUCACCCCGAAACACGCUGACAUCUUCCUGGACAGGUUCCGACAGGUGCUUAAGGAAACAAAAUGAAGGAAACUUGUCAAGAGAGUCUUUGGUACUGUAUUUCCAAAACAAGUGGAUUUGUUCAUAUUAACAUAUUUGUAACUAACCUCAGGGUCUUGGAAGGCAGUUCUGAUGGCAUGUGGUUCUAUGUUCACAUACCUACAGCUGACAUUUUGACUCUCCGUUUCAAAGCAAGUGGCUUGGACUAAAUUUUACUUCAUGAAAGAAAUUAUUUUUAUUGAAGUAUUUAUGGAAGGAUAAUGACAUAGAGAGAAAAUGAGUGAAGAUAAGAAUGAGAUUGAGCUAUACCAGGGGAGACCAAAGUUUUAGUUUCUUUUCUGAUCACCAAGAAAUAUAUUUCCACCUCAGUUUGUUCUGUACCAGUGAGACAUUAAACUUCAAGAGAAGUGUUUUGCCCAAAGAUGAAAUAAAUAAGGAAAAAGUGCAUAAGAUACAUCAGUCCCUGUAUAUACAAUGGGAAUCAUAUGUUGCAUUUGCAUGUCUCAUAUAAAGAGCUAGGAUAGUUCAGUUGGUAAAGUGACAGGCUGUGGGCUGGAGAGGUUGGGGUUUUAUUUUCGGGCAAGAGUAAGAUUUAUUUCUUCUCCAUAGCUUCUAAACUGGCUAUAGGUCCUUCCCAGCCUCCUAUCCCAUGGGUACUGGGGCCACUUUCCCCAAAA